CUUCCGCUUUUCCGGAGGCCGGGCCGUAGCCCUGGUAAGGUGAACGGCGGCUGAAACUGCUGGCGGCCUGCGGGGUCCGGGAGUAGGUUCGGGGCUCUCGGGGGAGCGAGGGAUGUUAGGGCAGGCGGCCGGUGCGGACACGGAGGCGGCGGAGCUCCUGCCCUUCCUGGCGCCCGGCGCGCGGGCAGACCUGCAGGCGGCCGCGGCGCAGCACGUGUUGGCUCUGACUGGCUCGGGCUCGGGCCGUUCGCUGUUGGCGGGACAGGCAGCGCUGCUGCGGGCUCUAGCCGAGCUUGCCGUGGCCCCCGCCCCGGCCCCUUCCCGCGACGCCUCCCGCGCGCUCGUGAACUUGGCUGCUGACCCCGGCCUGCACCGGCCGCUGCUGGCGGCGGACCCGGAGCUGCCUGCCCGCCUGCUGAGCUGCGUGUUGGACCCUCAGUGGCCCUGGGCUGAAGAGGUGGCCGCAGUACUGGCCAAUCUGACCCGCGAGCUGGCGCCGUGUGCUGCGUUGAUGGAGAAGCUGAUGGCCGCUGAGCCGGAGCGGCCGGGUCUGGAGCAGCUGGUCAACGCGCUGUGCAUGCCCAGCUACAACGCGGCCGCGCCCCUGCAUUACCUGGGGCCGCUGCUCUCCAACCUUAGCCAGCAGGCGGAGGUGCGUGCUUUUCUCCUGGACCCGGACAGAUGCGUGGUCCAGCGGCUGCUGCCUCUCACCCAGUACACAGACUCCUCAGUGCGGAGGGGAGGAGUGGUGGGAACUCUUCGGAAUUGCUGUUUCGAGCAUCGACACCACAAGUGGUUGCUCGGGCCCCAAGUGGACAUUCUCCCCUUCUUGCUACUGCCCUUGGCUGGGCCUGAGGAGUUUUCUGAGGAAGAAAUGGACAGGCUGCCUGUUGACCUGCAGUACUUGUCACCAGACAAGCAGCGAGAGCCGGAUGCUGACAUCCGAAAGAUGCUCAUCGAAGCCAUCAUGCUGCUGACAGCCACUGCCCCAGGUCGGCAGCAGAUACGGGACCAGGGCGCUUACUUGAUCCUUCGAGAGCUACACGACUGGGAGCCGGAGGCUGAUGUGCGAAUGGCUUGUGAGAAGCUUAUCCAGGUGCUUAUUGGUGAUGAGCCAGAGGUUGGCAUGGAAAACCUGCUGGAGGUGCAGGUGCCUGAAGACGUGGAGCGACAGCUGCAACAGCUAGACGAGCAGGAACAGCUAGAGCUUGCUCGAGAGCUAAGAGGCAAGGGUACCCGAGGGACCUGAAGCCAGAGCUUGCUCAAGAGCUAAGAGGAAGGGGUACCCGAGGGACCUGAAGCUCCUGUGACCUAAGUGCCAGCUCCAGAUCUGCCGGUGCCAGUGUUCCCACAGGGUUCUAAAGUAAAUGCCCAGUAAAUGUUGAGAAGCUCAAGGACACUGCCCAGUCCUGUGCCCCGUUGCAACCCGCAAGGAUGCACGUUAUUCAGUGCUGCACUACUGAGCUGGAGCUGGCCAGGUCCUGUGCCAUAGCCGCCUACAUCUGAGGCAGGUAGGCGGUGGCCACUGGAGCGAUGAGGAGCCCAUUCCUGGACCGUGGUAGGGCUGGACUGAAAACGCUGCAAGCCCUGGUCAGCCAACAAGAGCUUUUCACUCCUGAAGGAUCUGGGUUGGUUUGGAGGUGCAAACAGUGCUAUGAGCCCCAACCUUGGGAGUCCUUCUGCUUCCCUUGCCCAAGACCUCCUUGAAACACAGACCACACUUAAAUCCUAGGGUCUUUCUCGGAUGCUCUGCCCUUCUAGGCCUGUCUCUGGAUCACUUACUGGGUACAGUUUCCCUUCGCUACCUGUUUCUCUGCUCUGCCUGUGAUACUGGCCCCUGGUUUUAUUUUUGGUUAGCCUCCUUAGUCCCAUGUUGAAUUGGUCUUAGCCAUUUAGAUAGAACCUGCUUCUCAGUUAGCUUCCUUGAGCCUCAGUUGCCUUUCAGGACAUCCAGACCCCCCUCCUGGGCACACCUUGCCUACCUCUGCAGAGAUUCUCCUGGGUGUUCCUGCAGCAUUUAUCCCUACACAAUCCUACCCCCAACUUCCGGAGCCUACUCCGUCUGCACAGCCCUUCUUCCUCCUUCUGUAGACACCAUGGCAAGUCUUGCCCCGCUGUGUCCCCUUUUCUGAGCCACAGAUCUUGAUCCACCUGUGUGAAGCUUUUGUAUGCUGUUCCCUCUCCUCAGCAGUGGGUCCUCCCAGGUACCUGGGGCCUAUGGUCUUCAUGAGAGUUUGUGGUAGUCCAAUCCAGACCUCUGAUGCUGGAAAACUGUUUUGUUAUGUGUUGUUAUGCCAUGGGUUGGUAUUUCAUUGGGUACUAUGAGUCUUCCUUCCCUCCAUGAUGCCCUCCGGGCCUCUGAUAAAGCUUUGAUACUCUAGGUA